AUGCCCGCCUUCCCUUCCUCCAGCGCCGCAAAUUCGGCAGGUAGGCAUAUUGAGCUCCGCUCAGAUAAUGCAUACGUCCAACAUCUCGUUCAUGUCAUCAACACGGUACUUGAGCGAACAGGCUUGGCUCUCCCUGUGCUCGUCCUCACGCUACUGUUCCUCACCAUCAAGUACCACAAUCGAACCAUCUUCGCCAAGCCACCGCGCAAAGAGCUCUACUCUCCACCAGCGUGGCCCCUCAUCGGCCAUACGCUUCAGGCCAUGAAAUAUACAGAUAAUAUCCUCGACUGGUUCCUGGAACAGUCACGUAAGCAUCCUGUCGGCUUUUCUGCCUCUAUCGCAGGCACAGGCUCGGGUCAGAUGAACUUCAUCUAUCGUCCCGAGUACAUUGAAUAUGUGCAAAAGACCAACUUCGAAAACUUCGAAAAGGGACAAGCGGUCAAGACCCGCUUUUCCGAUCUUCUCGGCCAGAACGGCAUAUUCAAUUCGGAUGGCCAUGUAUGGAAGACGCAGCGCAAGAUGGCGUCCCACAUCUUUUCCGUGUACCAGUUUCGCACCUGGGUUCAGACAGUGGUCCAGCGAGAGAUGGACAGUGUCGUUGGCAUCCUUGAUGCACUGACGGAAGGCAAAUCGAGCAGUGAUCCGGCUACUCUGCUUCUUCCCGACCUCUUUUUCCGUUACACGCUGUCGUCGUUUGGCAAGAUGGCAUUUGGUUCCGACAUUGACUGCCUCAGCGCCGAUCCGAGUUGCCUCGAACGCGAGGUCGAAUUUUCCAAUGCCUUUGACUUUGUGCAGAUGGUGAUUGAUAAGCGCUUCCGCAAGCCCAUGUGGCAGCUGAUUGAGCGUUUCUCCUCCGAGGGACGCAAGAAUGCCAGGAUGGUGAAGAAGAUCAACAGCUUUUCAGGGCAGAUUAUCGAACAACGUCUACGCGAGAGGGAAGCAGGCAUUCAGAAGGAGAAGAUGACCUCGGAUGGCAAGGAGGGUAAGGAUCUGCUCGACCUGUUCAUGGAUAUCACCACAGACCGUGACGACCUUAUCUCGGUGGUGCUCAACUUCAUCAUUGCUGGUCGUGAUACCACUGCGCAGGGUCUAUCCUGGCUGUUCUACGAGCUGAUGAAGAAUCCGCAAUACGUGGAAGAGAUCCGUUCAGAGAUUCGGAACGUCCUUGGCAACACAGAUGGCAGCAUUCGCAAACUCGAUUAUGACACCACUAAGGAUCUCGUCUUUACUCAGGCUUGCUUCAAUGAAGCGAUUCGUCUGCAUCCACCGGUACCCAAAAAUGGCAAGCGUGCCAUCAAGGACGAUGUUGUUGUGCCUCAAGGUCCAACAGCUGCUGGACUUCCCCCGAUCAAGAUCUACGCCGGUGAAUUGCUUUCGUGGUCUGACUGGGUCAUCGCUCGCAACCCAGAAGUGUGGGGCCCGGAUUGUUGUGAAUUCAAACCAAUGCGCUUCAUCGAGACGGUAACGAAUGAAGACGGUACCAAAACUCGUAGCCUCAAGAAUUUCGGUCAGUGGAAGUUCCACGUUUUCAAUGGCGGGCCUCGUCUCUGCCUUGGUAUGACCCUGGCCAACUACGAGGCGCUGAGCAUAAUUGCUGCUGUCAUGAACCGAUACGAUUUCGGAUGGGGUACCAAAGCGCAAGGACAGACAGCUGACUGGCCACUCAAGUAUCUGCCUUCUGUGACGCACCCCUCACAAAUGUACACUGCCACUGUUGUACGACGUGAUGAGUUGAUGUAG